UCCGGGCUCUGCUUCUGCGGGAGACGCAGCCGAGCCCGCGACGUCGCCUCCCCGGGAGCUUCUGAGGGGGCCGCUGGGCCUUGUCCUACCGCGGGGGCCGCACUGCCGCCGGCUGCCUGUCCUGGAGCACGGCGUGGCAGCCGCAGUCCCGGCCUCAGUGUGUGGUAAACAGAAGCCCCAGCGUGCCAGGAGCGUGCAACCUCUUGCCCGACCCGGUGAGCCCCGGGCGUGAACCGUGCUGACGGAGGAUGGCAGCCUCCGGGGUGGAGAAAAGCAGCAAGAAGAAGACCGAGAAGAAACUUGCCGCUCGAGAGGAAGCUAAAUUGUUGGCAGGCUUCAUGGGCGUCAUGAAUAACAUGAGAAAACAGAAAACAUUGUGUGAUGUGAUCCUUAAGGUCCAGGAAAGAAAGAUACCUGCUCAUCGUGUUGUCCUUGCUGCAGCCAGUCAUUUUUUUAACUUAAUGUUCACCACUAACAUGCUUGAAUCAAAGUCAUUUGAAGUAGAACUCAAAGAUGCUGAACCUGACAUUAUUGAACAACUUGUGGAAUUUGCCUAUACUGCUAGAAUUUCAGUCAAUAGCAACAAUGUUCAGUCUCUGUUAGAUGCUGCAAACCAGUACCAGAUUGAACCUGUGAAGAAAAUGUGUGUUGAUUUUUUGAAAGAACAAGUCGAUGCUUCAAAUUGUCUUGGUAUAAGUGUGCUAGCAGAGUGUCUAGACUGUCCUGAAUUGAAAGCAACAGCAGAUGACUUUAUUCAUCAACAUUUUACUGAAGUUUAUAAAACCGAUGAAUUUCUACAGCUUGAUGUCAAACGAGUUACACACCUCCUCAACCAGGACACUUUGACUGUGAGAGCAGAAGACCAGGUUUAUGAUGCUGCAGUCAGGUGGUUGAAAUAUGAUGAACCUAAUCGCCAGCCAUUUAUGGUUGACAUCCUUGCUAAAGUCAGGUUUCCUCUUAUAUCAAAGAAUUUCUUAAGCAAAACAGUACAAGCUGAACCACUUAUUCAAGACAAUCCUGAAUGCCUUAAGAUGGUGAUAAGUGGAAUGAGGUAUCAUCUCCUGUCUCCUGAGGAUCGAGAAGAACUGGUGGAAGGCACAAGGCCCAGAAGAAAGAAACAUGACUACCGAAUAGCCCUGUUUGGAGGCUCCCAACCACAAUCUUGUAGAUAUUUUAACCCAAAGGAUUAUAGCUGGACAGACAUCCGCUGCCCCUUUGAAAAACGAAGAGAUGCAGCUUGCGUGUUUUGGGACAAUGUAGUGUACAUUUUGGGUGGCUCUCAGCUUUUCCCCAUAAAACGAAUGGACUGUUAUAAUGUCGUUAAGGAUAGCUGGUAUUCCAAACUGGGCCCUCCAACACCUCGAGACAGCCUUGCUGCCUGUGCUGCAGAAGGCAAAAUUUAUACCUCUGGAGGUUCCGAAGUUGGAAACUCAGCUCUGUAUUUAUUUGAGUGCUACGAUACGAGAACUGAAAGUUGGCACACUAAGCCCAGCAUGCUGACUCAGCGCUGCAGCCAUGGGAUGGUGGAAGCCAAUGGCCUGAUCUAUGUUUGUGGUGGAAGUUUAGGAAACAAUGUUUCUGGGCGAGUAUUGAAUUCCUGUGAAGUCUAUGAUCCUGCCACAGAAACAUGGACUGAACUGUGUCCAAUGAUUGAGGCCAGGAAGAAUCAUGGACUGGUGUUUGUAAAGGACAAGAUAUUUGCUGUGGGUGGUCAGAAUGGCUUAGGUGGUCUGGACAAUGUGGAAUACUAUGAUAUUAAAUUAAAUGAAUGGAAGAUGGUCUCACCAAUGCCAUGGAAGGGUGUCACAGUGAAGUGUGCAGCAGUUGGUUCUGUAGUUUAUGUCUUGGCUGGUUUUCAAGGUGUGGGUCGGUUAGGACACAUCCUUGAGUACAAUACUGAAACAGAUAAGUGGGUCGCCAACUCCAAAGUCCGUGCUUUUCCAGUAACAAGUUGUUUAAUUUGUGUUGUCGAUACUUGUGGAGCAAAUGAAGAAACCCUUGAAACAUGAAAAAUGAGUGAACAUCAAGACUCACUGGGGACAGAAAAAUAUGGCCACCAGUGCUUUGUUCCAAGAGUUUGGCUACAAAGUUUUAGUUUGGUGUUUUGAUUUUUUUUCAAGAAAGUUUCUGGUAAAAUAACAGCUCUAUAAAGUAGAUUUUCUUUUA